UAGAAGAGUCUAAAAGAACCAUCAAAACUGAAUUGGUUUCAGCUUAUUUAUCUACAUAUCCUAAUUGGUUAGAUGAUAAUAGAAUGAUAAUAGGAGUGAGUAAGAGAGAGAGAAGUAAAUAGAUAAAACAAUUGGUUGUCCUAAAAGUUGUUGACAGUUAUGUAAGCAAAGUAAAAACACUCUGAUCUCCUGCACAGGCUUGGUUUAGAUUUACAUCCUCAUUUACACCGUAUGAUGUGAAUGUAAGACUCAUAGUCAAUGUUUUCCAACAACUAUCCAUACAGCCAUUCUCUUAUAAGAUGCUUUCACAAAAGUUGCUAAAUUCUGGAGCAAAUUGAAAAAGGAAACUGCACAUACACAACAUCUUGUAGUUUCAAUUAUCACCAAAUUCAAGAUCUGAGCAUAGCACCAUAUAUGAACAUGUUGAUCUGCCACAGCAGCAAUUUUACUUUGUAAACCAUUAUGCUGCCCGUGGUAACUUGCAGCACCAUCUGUGCUGUCAGAUAAACAUUUUUGGGAGUCAAUUCUAAGUUGUAACAUUUCAGUUAAUAGGUCAAAAAGUUUCUGUUCUGUACUAUCAUUACUUGGCACAAUGAAAGUAGUUGCUUGCAGAUAACACCUUUAAGCACAUACUGAAUAAUAAUGCUAAACUAAUUGAUGGAUGAAUUAUCCUGUGUUGAAUCAACCUGAAUGGAAUAAUAUAUUACUUGAGAAACUUCAUGACCAGUUCUUUCUUGUAUCAUAUUCUUCAUGAUUUGGAUUAAUAGUUGCUUUACUCAGAUAAUGGAAUUCAGUCUGUUACAUUUGAGAUACGUCUUAAUUGUACGAUGUUUCUGUGUUUCUCUUAAACCAAUUGAUGGUGGAAUAAAAUUUGUCAGACAAAAUCAACCAGAAACUCUUGAAUGUCCUCUUGCAAAACAAAAAGUUGAAAACUGGCAAAUUGGAUUGAAAGAAAUUAGUAGUCUUCAUUGGUUACCUGUUAAAACUAAUGAAAUUGAAGCAAAUGUGAUUCCUGGGAAAGACAACAUCUUAAACAUCACUCUUCUUUCAAGUAAUGAUGUAACAUUACUUUGUAAGAGCACUGACAAGUGGAUAAAAUUUCAAGCAGUACCAAUGUAUAAUGACAAUGGGAAUCUUUACCCAAUUUCUGGAACACCAUAUGUCAUAAAAGAUAAAAAAUUCACAUUGAAAUGUAAUGAAGAUGGUAGUGGUACUUCAACAACUUGGUAUACUGGAAAUGGAACAGUUAUUGCUAAAUACAGUGGAGCAUCCAACCAAAAUUAUUCUAAAUAUUUUGGUAGCCGUCAAGAAACUAGUUGCCAAAACAAAAGCUGCACAUUGAGUAUAACCAAUGUCAGUUUAGAUGAAGAUGACAUGAGCAUUAUUUGCAGAAGCAGUUUCCAUAUAAGCAUGUUCAAUAUAAAAGUAAUUGUUUUACCAAAAUCAGUCACAAUCAAGAAUAUUUCUAACACAGUUCCUGUGGAAAAUCAGAACAAAAGUUAUGAAUGCCUUAUUAAAGACACCAACCCUACAUUUUCAGUCUUUUGGUUGAUUACUAUGAAAGAUGGAACACCAAAAAAUGCUACAAAGUAUAUUUCAAACAGGCCAAGCAAAUCUGGAAAGCUGACCACUUUAUCAUCAAAACUAACAUUAACUCUUAAUAAGAAUUUUCAGAAAUUACAGUGUGUUGCAUAUUUUCCGGGUAAAAAUGAAUUUGUUAACUAUUCAAAGGAACUCGAUUUGCAUAUAAAAUAUUCUCCAGAAAGAGAUGACAUGACACUAAAUGUUUCUGGAGGAAAAGUAUGUGUUGGUACUCCAACCAAAUUCCAGUGCAGUUUGAAAGGUGGUGAUCCACCAGUAAGUGUAACCUUGAUGUAUAAAAAUGUAUCAAAUACUAGUAAAGAAGAAGUUGAAAUUACUGUAACACCUGAAUCUCAUCGAACAGUUAAGUGCCUGGGAACUCAUAUUGCUGCCAAUGUGUCUCGUGAAAAGAAUUUAACUAUUUAUUAUCCACCUAAUACGAUACAAAUCGAGGCUGAUGAACCCUUUCUUGAAGGUCACAAAUGUAUUUUGCAUUGUAAAGCAAUAAAUGGAUAUCCAGAAAAGUACAGCUACAGGUGGGAGCCAAAUAACAAUACCUUGCAAGAUUUAACGUUUCCUAAUAUCAGUCGAACACAAAAUAAUAAGGUUUUCACCUGUUAUGCUUCUAACAUGUGCAAUAAAAAAAGAGAAUUACAUAAAACACAUUGGAUCAACGUAGAAUAUGUACCUGAUAUUACUGCAUCAGAGAAUAUGACAUUAAUUGAGAAUCAAGCAUCCAUUCUAAACUGUUCUGCAGAAGGAAACCCUAUCCCAGAAGUGAGGCUGGAAUAUGAAAAUCAAAGUUUUCCUUCAAACUCCCCCUUAACUUUUGAUCGUAGAAAUAGCAGUGAUGUUUUCUGUGUUGCCGUUGCAAAGAGUACAAAACAUGGAAAUUUGACAUCUAGAAAGAAAAUUAAUAUCCUAUUGAAAUAUCCUCCUCAAGUAAACAUUCAUAUUUCAAAUGAAACAAAUAAUACUUUACUAAUUAAUUGCACUGCAUUUGAUGGAAAUCCAGCAAACUAUGAAUACAAACUGAAGCAAAAGUGGGGAAAUGCCACUAAGAAUACUUAUAAUAUAAGUGUAUUAUCUAUAAACAAUUCUACUUUCAAUAAUACUGGUACAUGGGAGUGUCAUGUAAGCAAUGAAGAUUUUCAUGUGAGUAAAUCAUCAGACUACAAAAUCACAGUGAAACCUAUUUUCAGUUCAAUAUCAAACAAUUCCAAAAAGAGAAAUGUGGCAAUUGGAGAAUCUGUAAUUUUCAAACAGUGUUUUUAUUCCCAUCCAAAAUCUUAUGUAAAAUGGCAAAUAAAUGACGAAUUAAUUGACUUCAACAAAUAUUUAACAACUGAUUUUGUAUCAAGUGAUUUUCCUUUCAAAGGAAUCUGUACUAGUUUAAAAAUAGAAGACAUCAAAGAUAAUGAUAUUAGUACUUAUACCUUAACAUUGGAAAACUAUGUAGGAAAAGAAGUGAUUACUUUUGCCUUGAAGCAUCAAGAAAUUACGGAAGACUCUUUGGGAACAAUUAUUGGUUGUGUUAUAGGAAUUGUAUUAUUAAUAAUUUUGGUACUUCUUAUAAGAGCUGUGAUGUACAAUAAAGUCACUUCGUCAGCAAAAGGUGUUGUAGAUAAUUAUGAGACUAUUUCAGAUGAACUUUACAAUGCUGAAAGUGCAGGUGCUACUAUUUCAUCCAAGCCAAAGUCUAAGAGAGAGCAACAUGCUGAAGAUAGUGAGCCCAGAUAUUUAUUUCUGAAACACCCAGACAUAGAUGAUGUUUAUGUCAAUGUUUCAAGGAAACCUGAUGAUAACAGAGAGCAAGAUGCUGAAGAUAGUGAGCCCAGAUAUUUACCUAUGAAACACCCAGACAUAGAUGAUGUUUAUGACAGUGUUUCAAGGGAACCUGAAGACAUGGAUGGUGUUUAUGUUAAUGUUUCAAAGAACUCUGGUGAAGAACAACAUGCUGAAGUUAAUGAACCAGAAUAUUUUUGUGUGGAAGAUCUGGACAUGGAUGAUGCUCAUUUCAACAUUUCAAGGAAACCUGAUGACUUGGAUGAUGUUUAUGUUAAUGUUUCAAAGAAACCUGAUGCCACUAUGUUCUACACUUCUACACACUGAAGAUAGCAAUCUACUGGAAUUUACGAAAACAAGAAAGAAAUUAAGUUACCAGUGAAGGUCCAUGUUUUCAGAUGAACAAGAAGAACCUAGAACCUUGUGAUAUAGUAUAUAACACCUAGAACUGAAUGAAAUCGUGUGAGCAACCUAAGUCAGUCUCCUUGACAUAAUUUCAUGGACACUUCUUGCAAGCACUACAGAUUUGAACUAAAUAUCUGAUGCCACCAUAACAUUAUUGAUCUCUGUUAUAUGCUGUAAUUACAUUGUUUUUGUAUUCACAGCAUCAUAAAAUUCUUGAUUUAUUUUUAACUUUCAUAAAUGUCUAUCUAUAAUUAAACAUUUGCACCAAUGAAGUAAACCCAGUUAAAUUUCUGUAUUUCUUUCCUCUUAUACGAAUCAUCAUCUGUUAAACAUAAUAUGGAGAUUUAAUAAUAUGGCUAUGAAUAUCAUUAAUUUUUUGAAUAUAUUUUGGAAUAAUACCUUAAAAAAAUUUUAAGAAUUUGAAUUCAUGCCAAUUUUCUACAAAUGAGCAGCAAUUAUAAUUGGGUUUUUGUUCAUGUUAAACAUAUUCUUGAAACUAUUUACAACUUCACAAUCAAAGUUUGUGAUAUUUAUUUUACAGAAGUUCUUUAUAUACUUUCUAUUUUACUUCACUAGGAUCAAUUUAUUCAGAUUUCAUUCUGUCACAUUUAUAUAUAUCUAUACAUAAAUUCAGAAUUAUAAUCCUUGAUAUUAUCAAGUUUCAAAAUCAGUCUUUUCAGCCCUUUUGAAUUCUUGGUUAGUUUUCUUCUAAAUAAUCAAAUUGUAUAUAUACCAGAAUUCAUUUUUUCUUCUUGCUGAUUAUGAGGCUAUAUUUUUCGAUACGCACAUCUAACCAUUCUUUCUAUAAGGCAAUACCUCACUAUAUAUGCUUUUCCAUUAUAAUAUACAUUUUACUUACAAAACAAACAAAAAAAAAGGAAGAUCACUGUAUAUAUAUGGAAUUUUGCCAACAACAAUGCAUGUUAGUGGUGUUCCAAUGUUAAGGUUGUCAUUGUUUGUGAACAGUUACUACAUUGUGCCUGCAAAAGUGCUUGAUUAUUCUUGCUGCAGAUAAUUCUCUGAAAUAUUUAAUUUCUGACCAAUUCCAUUUUACUGCUCAAACAAAUCUUUUAGCUUUUAUGUUUUGCUUGUUUCAGUCAUUGAAUUGUGGUCAUGCUGGGGCACUGCCAUGAAGAAUUUUAGUCAAAGGAAUCAACCCCAGUUCUUAUUUUUAAGUCCUUGUGCUUAUUCUAUUGGUCUCUUUUGCCGAACUGCUAAGUUAUGGGGAUGUAAACACACCACCAUCAGUUGUCAAGCAAUGAUGGGAGACAAGCACAAAUACACACAGAUAUAUACAAAUAUACGACAGGCUUCUUUCAGUUUCCAUCUACUAAAUCCACUCACAGGGCUUUGGUCAGCCCAAGGUUAUAAUAGAAGACACUUGUCCAAGGUACCAAACAGUGAAACUGAACCCAGAACCAUGUGGUUGAGAAGCAAAUUUCUUACCACACAGCUACACCUGUACCAAAUUGCAACCAAGAAUGCACCAAAUGUGUAGAUUUUUUGCAAAUGUACAAUCUUUAUGCAUUAAAUAUUUUAUCACUAGCUUCUAUUUGUUUUCUAGCUAACAGAAUACCUAUGAAAUUUAUUUGCUUUCAAUUAUCUUUAAUGAGAUAGAAUUUUGUUUCUUUUUUUAUAUUAUAAAAGAAUGUAAAUAGCUUUUCAAGAAAGAUUAAUUUCUUCUUAUUAUAAUUUGAUCACUUGGUCAAUUCAUCAUGUGUGUGUGUGUGUGUGUGUGUGUGUGUGUGCGUGUGUGCGUGCGCGUGCGCGCGCGUGUUUAUGCGUGCGUGCGUGCAUGUGUAUGAGUCAGUGAAUGAAACAGGCUUAAAAUAAGGUAUGAAUUGAAAAUUCUAAAUUUUUUUUCUGUAAGAAUGUUCAGGUCAUAUAUUCUAUGUUGUAUUGGUUUUCCUUGCUAGAAAACGAUAUUUUUUCUUCAAUUUACAUCCAUUGUUUUUAAUGCAGAGUUACAUCCCCUAAUCCUGGGUAUAAUACAAUAUUUGCAGUAAGAUUUGAAUUUAUGACUAACUGAUUACCACCUCAGUACAUUUACCUUUAUAUCUAUUUUCAUAGUACCUAUUUUACUCUGCCUUCAUUUUGCUUCACACUUUUAUUAACUCAGUAAAUAGAGAUGAAUUGUAUUUUCUUUAGACAUUAUUUAUCUUUUCUGUUAACCAUUUCAAUAGAAUUUGAUUUAACUUUUUUCUAAGAUACAAGAACAUUCAAAUCUAAAUUCGAGAAUACAUAUUUGUAAAAGAAACCAAACUUGCAGCUUGUACAUAAGUAAAUGCAUGUGCAAAUAUUUAUCCAGAUUCCACAGCAUCUCUCUUAUACCUUAACUACAGAAUGAAUAAAUGAAUUGAUAUUUAA